AUUUAAUUGGUUCUUUUAUUUCAUCGUGUUGCGCGAGAAGUUCGCGAGGCGGAUAACUUUUCUUUUUUGUUUGUGAAAAAAUAUAAUAAUAUAAAACAACACAAAGGAAAAGAUUAGAAUUUUCCAAAGGAAAAAAAAACACCGAGAGCAGCACGAUAAAUUCCCUCUUGCAAUUUUUUAUUUGGAUAAUUUGCAACACGACGACAAUAGUUUGUGGGAGGACGACGACAACGAACACAAGGAGACGACACAAAAAAAAAUAAUUCAAAUGACAAUGGCUGCAGAUCAAUUCAAUCAAAUUUUAAAUUCAUUGCUUUCCACCGACAAUGAAGUGAGACAGCAAGCUGAGGACGCCUACAAUAAUGUGCCACGUGAAGUCAAGGUUACACAUUUAUUGGCCACCAUUCAUAAUGGCCAUCAAUCCGAAGAGGCUCGUCAGAUGGCUGCAGUUCUAUUGCGUCGUCUUUUCUCAUCUGAGUUCUUAGAAUUUUAUAAAGAGCUGCCGCAAGAGGCGCAGGGGCAACUGUUACAACAAAUACUCUUAGCCGUCCAGCAAGAUGUAACACCGAAUUUGCGGCGUAAAAUAUGUGAAGUUGUUGCUGAAGCCGCCCGCAAUCUAAUCGAUGAAGAUGGUAACAAUCAAUGGCCCGACUUUUUGCAAUUCCUCUUCCAAUGUGCCAAUUCGCCAUCGGCUCAAUUGCAAGAGUCUGCCUUGCGCAUCUUUGCCAGUGUCCCGUCCAUAUUUGGCAACGAUGAGGCUCAGUACAUGGAUUUGAUUAAGCAAAUGUUGACCAAAAGCAUGGAACCCAGUGCUGAUGUUGAGGUCCGUUUCCAGGCUGUACGUGCCGUGGGUGCUUUCAUCUUGCGUCACGACAAGGAAAAGGAGGCAGUCAUCUAUAAGCAAUUUGCAGAUUUAUUGCCACGCAUGAUUAUGAUCACCGCCGAAAGUAUUGAGGCCCAGGAUGAUCAAUCCUUGUUGAAAUUGUUGAUUGACAUGACCGAGACCUGUCCCAAAUUUUUGCGUCCUCAAUUGGAGGUUAUUUUUGAGAUCUGCAUGAAGGUAUUCAGUUCCCAAGAUGUAGAGGACAGCUGGCGCCAUUUGGUCUUGGAAGUCAUGGUAUCGUUGUCCGAAAACGCCCCAGCCAUGGUGCGUAAACGUGCCGAAAAAUACAUUGUCGCCCUGAUCCCCUUGGUCUUGCAAAUGAUGACCGACAUGGAGGAUGAUGAAGACUGGGCCACCUCCGAUUCGGUAACAGAAGAUGACAACAGCGACAACAAUGUCAUUGCCGAAUCGUCCUUGGAUCGUCUGGCUUGUGGUUUGGGCGGCAAAUGUGUGUUACCCAAUGUCAUGAAUGCUUUGCCAGCUAUGUUGGGUCAUAGCGAUUGGAAGCAACGUUAUGCUGCCCUAAUGGCCAUCUCAGCCAUUGGCGAGGGUUGCCACAAACAAAUGGAAGCCAUGCUGGAACAGGUUAUGGCCGGUGUUUUGAACUUUUUGCGCGAUCCCCAUCCACGUGUGCGUUAUGCUGCCUGUAAUGCCAUUGGCCAAAUGUCCACCGAUUUUGCGCCCACAUUCGAAAAGAAGUUCCACGAACAAGUUGUUCCCGGUCUACUGUCUCUGUUAGAUGAUGUGCAGAAUCCACGCGUGCAGGCUCAUGCUGGUGCUGCCCUGGUCAACUUCUCGGAGGAUUGUCCCAAGAAUAUUUUGACCCGUUACUUGGAUGGCAUUAUGGGUAAAUUGGAAGCUGUCUUGAAUUCCAAAUUCAAGGAAUUGGUUGAAAAGGGCAACAAAUUGGUGUUGGAACAAAUUGUCACCACCAUUGCCUCCGUGGCCGAUACCUGUGAAAAGGAGUUUGUAACCUACUACGAUCGUUUGAUGCCAUGCCUGAAGUUCAUCAUCCAAAACGCCAAUUCCGAGGAGUUGCGUAUGUUGCGUGGCAAGACCAUUGAAUGUGUCAGUUUGAUUGGUUUGGCUGUGGGUCGCGAGAAAUUCAUCACCGAUGCCGGCGAAGUUAUGGACAUGCUGUUGAAGACCCACUCUGAGGGCGAUUUGGCCGAUGAUGAUCCCCAAACCUCAUAUUUGAUUACCGCCUGGGCCCGUAUGUGUAAGAUUCUGGGCAAACAAUUCGAACAAUACUUACCCCUGGUUAUGGGUCCCGUUAUGCGCACAGCUGCCAUGAAACCCGAGGUGGCUCUUUUGGACAACGAUGAGGUCGAAGAUAUUGAGGGCGAUGUCGAUUGGUCCUUCAUCAACUUGGGUGAACAGCAAAACUUUGCCAUUCGCACAGCUGGCAUGGAAGACAAGGCAUCGGCCUGUGAAAUGUUGGUCUGCUAUGCCCGUGAACUGAAGGAAGGCUUUGCCGACUACGCCGAAGAGGUGGUACGUCUAAUGGUGCCCAUGUUGAAGUUCUACUUCCAUGAUGGUGUACGUACAGCUGCAGCCGAAUCUUUGCCUUGUCUCUUGGACUGCGCCAAAAUCAAGGGUCCCCAAUACUUGGAAGGCAUGUGGCUAUAUAUUUGCCCAGAACUCUUGAAGGUUAUUGUCAGCGAGCCCGAAGCUGAUGUCCAGGCCGAACUUUUGAAUUCGUUGGCCAAGUGCAUUGAAACCCUGGGACCCAAUUGCUUGAAUGAUGACGCCAUGAAACAGGUUUUGGAAAUCAUUGCCAAGUACAUGGAAGAACAUUUCGAAAGGGCCGACAAACGUUUGCAGGCCCGCAACGAGGAGGACUACGAUGAUGGCGUUGAAGAGGAAUUGGCCGAACAGGAUGACACCGACACAUACAUUCUAUCGAAAAUUGUUGAUAUCCUCCAUGCCCUAUUCCUCACACACAAGGUACAGUUUUUGCCACAUUUCGAUCAGAUAGCUCAGAACUUUGUAAAACUCUUGGAUCCAUCACGUUCAUGGUCGGACAGACAAUGGGGUCUGUGUACAUUCGAUGAUGUUAUAGAAUUUUGUGGCCCUGCCUGCGCCGCCUAUCAACAGUUCUUUACACCUGCCCUGUUGCAAUAUGUCACCGACAAAUCACCCGAAGUCCGCCAGGCCGCCACAUACGGUUGUGGCGUUUUGGGCCAAUUCGGUGGUGAACAAUUCGCUGUAACCUGUGCACAAAUCAUUCCUCUCUUGGUCCAAGUCGUCAACGAUCCCAAGAGCCGUGAACCAGAAAAUAUCAAUCCCACAGAGAAUGCCAUAUCGGCCGUAACGAAGAUACUGAAAUACAACAAAUCUGCUCUGCCCAAUGUCGAUGAAAUCAUAAAUGUUUGGUUCUCUUGGUUACCCGUCACCGAAGACAGUGAUGAAGCUCCUCAUAUCUAUGGUUAUUUGUGCGAAUUAAUACAGGCCAAUCAUCCAAUUAUUUUGGGUGCCAACAACUGUAAUCUACCACGUAUUGUUUCGAUUAUUGCUCAAGCAUUUGCCAACAAAGUGGUGGCUGCCAUCAGUGAUGUUGGUUCACGGAUGUUGGGUAUUGUCAAACAGGUUGAGUCCAAUCCCGAGGUCUUCCAGGCAUGUGCUAGCCAAUUAACACCAGAAAUGCAACAUGCCCUGCAAGAAGCCAUACGGGAAUUGGCUUUAGCUUCGGCCCAGGGUUAAACAAAACAAAAAAGUGAUGAAAACUAAACAAACACACAUUUUGCAUAACAGGAAAACACACCACAAUUCUCACCACACCCAGAAAUUUGCAAAACAAAAAAGAAAGAAAAAAAGGAAUUUGCUUUAUUUUGAAAAAAAAUGCAUUAUAUAAAAUAUAUAAAAAAGCAGACCACAAAAAAAACGAAAAAAAAAAUAUCUAUAAAAUAUAACGAGUAUAUAAAAUAUACUUAACCAAAAUAACCUAUCAAAACCAUACUAAAAACAAAACAAAUAUAUAUAAACAAAUAUAUAUUCUGAACAAUAUAUUCACCACCAGUCUAUUUCCCCCCACACCCAACCACUACCAAGAAAUUAAAGACACACUACAGCAGCAGCAGCGGCGUAUACAAACAAACAUAAACUCGCCUACACACACACCUCAACACAACUACUACUACUACUAUCUACAUAUACACAUAACAUAUACAUAUAUAUGAUUGAAUAAUUAAAAAUUAUCCACAUAUAAAUGCUACAACAAAGAGUUAGUUUAAAUAUUAAGAAAUGAAUUUUCGCUUUGCAUUGUUGUUCCCUUUGUAUCUUCUUUUUUUCUUUAAUUAUUUGGUAGCUGGCAAAUGAAUUCAGUUUUGACUGUGUUUUUUCUCGAUGGUAACAGAAAAACCUAACCUCUUAACAACAAAUCAAUGUGUAUUUAAAAAAAACAAACAAGAAAAAAAAUCAACAACAUUUUUUAGUCUUCUACUCUUUUUUGAUGAUUAUUUAAUAACUAUUUUAAAUAAAUUCCAUUUUUUAAAUGUAGAAAAGAAAAAUUUAGUAUUUUUCUACAACUCUUCUCAUAUGAGUGCAUAAAUUAUUAUUUUAGAUUUUUUCCUUAAUUUUUUGAUAAACGCAAAACAACAUUUAUAUAUUUUUAUUAAUUUAAACUUUAUUAUUUGUUGCGCUUACUUAGGUUUUCUUUUUGUGUAUUUGCAACAACAACAAAGUAUAUACGGAUUAUUGCUUUCUUUUAAACAUUGAAAUUACAUUUUUAUAAAUUUCUUUGAAAAUAAAUCAUGUGCAGCGCGUUAGGAUCUUUAAAAAAGAAAACUCAAUUGUAUGUUUUUUUGACUUUACAUUAUUAUUCAUUAUUGAUUAAUUAUUUUUUAAUUGUUUACAAACAAAACAAAAAAAAAGUCUUUUAAUGAGUCGAAAUACAAAAAAAAAGAUAUCAUAAAAAUUGCAAGUAACUUGAAAAUAUAUUUAAAAGAAAAACAACAACAACAACACUAUUAAAUAAUAAAAAUUACGAAAACAAAAAAAGAAA